GAUUCAACUACAAUCGGGAUUGUAGCCGAUUGACCUCUCCGAAGCAAUUGUGUGUAUGUUUUAAAAUUCUGUUAAUACUAGCAUUGCUCGGAAAAGGAAAGCAUAUAUGUAUGAGUCGGUAGGAAUUUGCAGCAGCAUAACGGCCACUGAAGACGAUAAACUCACUCGUACACAAAUAUCAUGAGCACAUGCCUAUUCUGUUCAACGAUACGUUCCUCGUCUUCUAUAAUUUCCGAGCCAAAUUGUCGAUGGCCGACAACUACAAACCCUAAUAUCAGCCGACCGGUUCAAUUCGCUCUCAGGAAGCACUUAAACAGGAACAAUUCACGGGGAAUCGCGAGGGUUUUUCAGGAGGAAGGGGUCGGAGUCCUCUUUCCAGACGAAUCCGUCUCGCUGCGUGAAAUCGACGCAGGCGAAGGAAGAGAUGUGGACGGGGGAGUGGGUGGUGGAGUUGCGGAGGCUGUGGAAGAGACAGAAGGAGCCCUAGGUUUGACGAAGGAUUCGCCGCCGCCACCGGGGAGAUAUGUGAGGAAGAGAGAAGAGUAUGCGGAGGAGGACAGAUUUGAGAGUAGGUUCAAGUUGCGCAACGGAAAGGAGGUUUUUGAAGAGAAAGCCUACCUUGUGGGCAUCGAGCGCAAAGGUGACACAAUCACCUUUGGUAUAGAAGAGUCACUCAAGGAAUUGGCCCAGCUGGCUGAUACUGCUGGACUGAUUGUCGUUGGUUCUACUUUUCAGAAACUUGCUACUCCAAACCCAAGGACUUGUGUUGGAUCUGGGAAGGUUGCAGAAAUCAAGAGUGCGGUUGAUGCAUUUGGUGUUGAGACCGUGAUAUUUGACGAAGAACUUUCAGGAGGGCAAUUGCGGAACCUAGAAAAAGUUUUUGGUAGCGAUGUUAGAGUUUGUGACCGCACUGCCCUCAUUUUGGAUAUCUUCAAUCAGAGGGCAGCAACACAUGAAGCAUCUAUUCAGGUUGCAUUGGCCCGAAUGGAAUAUCAGUUACCCCGACUUACAAAAAUGUGGUCUCACCUUGAGCGUCAAGCUGGUGGUAGAGUGAAAGGAAUGGGUGAGAAACAAAUUGAGGUGGACAAGCGUAUUUUACGUGAUCAAAUCCUUGUUCUUAAAAAGGAGCUGGAGACUGUUCGGAAACAUCGAAAGCAGUAUCGUAACCGACGUGUUUCUGUGCCUGUUCCCGUUGUAUCUUUGGUCGGGUAUACAAAUGCUGGAAAGAGUACACUUUUAAAUCAGUUAACUGGGGCUAAGGUUCUUGCUGAGGAUCGCAUGUUUGCCACCCUCGAUCCAACUACUAGAAGGGUACAGAUGAAGAAUGGGAAGGUAUUUCUUCUUACGGAUACAGUUGGAUUCAUUCAAAAGUUGCCUACUAAACUGGUUGCUGCCUUCAGGGCAACCUUGGAGGAAAUUUCAGAGUCAUCCCUUCUGGUGCAUGUGGUAGAUAUUAGCCAUCCUAUGGCAGAGCAACAGAUAGAUGCUGUGGACAAGGUUCUUUCGGAACUGGAUGUGGCAUCAAUGCCAAAGUUGAUGGUGUGGAACAAGGUGGACAAAGCUAGUGAUCCUCUGAGAAUCAAAUUCGAAGCGGAGGAAAGAGAAGAUACAGUAUGCAUCUCUGCCUUAAGUGGUGAUGGAUUAGAUGAAUUCUGCAAUGCAGUUCAGGAAAAACUGAAGGAUUCCAUGGUGUGGGUGGAAGCUUUGAUUCCAUUUGACAAAGGAGAAAUUCUCAGUACAAUACAUCAGGUUGGCAUGGUUGAGAGAACUGAAUAUACAGAGAAUGGGACAUUGGUCAGGGCUUUUGUGCCUCUCCGGAUUGCAAGGCUCCUCACCCCAAUGAGGCAACUAUGUAUACCAUAACCUUAUAAUCUUCACAAUUACGUGUUUACAACUACCUCUAAGCGAGAGAGAAUAAAAAAAAUUUCCAUAUUUGUACCUCGCUUUUUCUGUUUGUCAAGCAGUGGUAGUGACCGUGUACAGCUUAAUUAAUGUGACUUCUCGAAAAUUUUGCAUCAUAAUAUAUGUAAAUAUAGUUUGAGAUCGUA